AUUUACCUUGUGAGUUGCACAGCUGGAGGCAGACGGCAGAAUACUCACUAGAAAUGAGGCAAUUUGCUUGUAUUCUCCACCUCUACCAUAUUAAGGCCUAUGAUUAUCUACGGAAGAUUUUUCCCCUCCCUCAUCCUUACAGCCUAACAAAUUGGCUGUCUAAUGAUGAGGCUGCUGCAGGCUUCAGCAACGACAUUUUUCUCCGCCUGCAGGAAAAGGUGGAGAGAGGGGAACAGGCCUACUGCUACUGUGCCCUGAUGGUACAAGACAUGUCCCUGCAGAAGCAGCAGGAGUGGGACCCGCAGACCCGGCGCCUGACAGGCUUUGUUGACUUGGGAGCAGGCGUCAUGGAUGCUGAUGAAGCUCCGCUAGCCUCAGAAGCAAUAAUCCUCAUGGCAGUUGGCAUCUCAAGUCCGUGGACAGCUCCACUUGGCUACUUCUUUGUGAACAGAACAACUGGCCACUUACUUGCUCAGCUGCUUCGUCAGACCAUCAAUAAGCUGAACAACAUUGGCAUCACAGUGCUGGCUGUGACAUCAGGUGCCACCGCUCGUGGUGCUGAGACUGCCAGAGCUCUGGGGAUCAGGAUAGAUCCCGAAAGAAUUCAGUGCACUUUCCAGCAUCCGCCUGGCUCUGCUCACAGCAUCACGUACUUCUUUGACGUUUGCCAUGCACUCCAGCUGGUAAGAAAUGCUCUGCAGUGCUUCCAGAAGAUAGAGUGGCUCGGUGACGCGGCAUGGUGGCAGCAUGUGGUGGAGCUGGCAGUUUUGCGGGAGCAGAGGGUAUUAGAGCCACGUAGUCUCAAGUCAGGUGGAGCUGGGAGAGAUGGGAGUUACCACCUGAAGGUCAACCUUGCUACCCAGUUGUUCAGCGAGGGCGUUGCUGAUGCACUGGAACACCUCCAGAAGCUGGGCCUGGCCUCAUUCCAGAACUGCAGUGGAACUGUAAAGUUUGUGCGUUUGAUGAGCCAUCUGUGCGACGUGUUUCAUGGUAGAGGUCCCUAUAGGAGGGGACUGAAGGCUCCUUUGCUAGCUGGAAAUUACACCAAAAUAAGCCACCUCUUUAAUGAGGUUAAGAGCUUCUUCAUCACCUUAACGGACUCGAUGGGGAGAUACGUUAUUAAGAGCAAACGCAAAUUAGGAUUUCUGAGUUUCUUGCUCAAUGCCGAAAGCCUCAAGUGGCUUUACACCAACUAUGUGUGUCCAGAAGGCACUCCUUCCCACCACCUCCUGACCUAUGCCUUCAGCCUCGACCCACUGGAGCUGUUUCUCAGGGCCCUCCAGCAAGCCUGUGGCACCAGCGGGAGCCCCACCUGCACUGUGUUCCAGGCCACUUACCACAAACUGCUGGCCAGCUGCAGCCUGCUGCCAGGCUCACCACACAGCAGUGGCUCAGGCAAUACGAGCUCCUUGGACAUAUCCCUGUCUCCUAGGAGAGAUCUGGCCCUUGGCAGCAUUCGUGCCCAGUAUAACCCAGCUUGUGGGAGGGUACUGGCAACAGAGUACCCCUACUGUGCAGGCCUUCUUUUGCGUGGCUCUGCAUUGAGUGACGCACUGACAGACCUAUCGCUGCAUGCACAGAGCAUCACCUGCACCGCGGGCGUUGUUGCUGAGCAGCUAGCCUCUGACUUGCAGUGUGAGGCUUGUCUUGCUUCCCUCUUUGAGUCAGAUGAGAGUAGGCUACGAUGCAGGUCGGUGCUCUAUGUAAAAAAGUUAGGUGGAGUGAGUCUGCCCUCAGCAAGCGUGCAUCACAUAACCACCAUUUCGGAACAAGUCAUAAACCGGUACGGCAAAGUAGGAGUCGGCAACAAAAACAUCAAGCUGUGGCAUUUGUUUCUAGAACAGAAAGUCUUCCAGGAACUUCUAGGAGAAAGUCCCCUCUUUCCCACCCUCACAGACCAUUUAUUUGAUGGGGAGUUGUGCAUCAACAAUCACUACACAAUCUUACUGAGGGAGCUCGUCUUGCUCGAUUCAUACGGAGCCUUCUCCCAAAUGGGAAGCUUGUUUGACGAUGCGCAUGAGCUCCUGGCUGCCGAGGUGAAGCUUUGCACAUGGCAGGCAUGCUGUGCCAUCCCCAUCCCUGAACUUCUCAUGGUUUUCGUGCAGUUGCUGCCAACCAGUGACCUGAGCCCAGAGACUGCCAUGGAGAUAGGUUGA